GCCCACUAGGACCGUCAGGCUCACCCUCUCCGGCUCCGGGCUCCCCACCUACCCACUCAGUCUCCUCCUCGGGCGCCCUGGACGGCUGCCGCACUUGAUCGGGUGGGUGGCGCGCAGAAAAGGCACGAGGCCCGCCUGCCCCGCCGUCGCCCUGCUCCCGGGUCCCCAGCGGGUUGCAGGGGCUGGUGGGGCAGGCCUCCCCGGGCCGCCGCCCCCCACCCCGGAAGCAAGGCCCUCUCACCCCCGCGCCGCGCUGCCUUGGUACGCGCCGCGGGGCGGGACAGGGCUGGGACCCGGUCCCGCCGCCCCGGCCCCGACAGCAGCGGGACGGCAGCCGGCGGCAUGGGGAGGCGCUGCUGGCCGCGGCGCCUGCUGGUGGCCGCGUGUCUGGGCGCCGGGCUCCUGCUCCUGUGCUGCGCGCGCCGGGCCCUGCGCUCUGCAUUUGAAAACAAGGACCUAGGCUCCAGUUGGCUCAGCGGGAGAAGGCGGAGCCCCCUGCAGGCUCUCUAUGACCUGGACCAGGGCCCGCGCUCCCCGCUGGCCGAGGUGCACCGGCAGCGACGCGACCAGCUGCGCCGCGCCUGCAGCCGCCACACGCUGCGGCAGCGCCUGCUGCAACCCGAGGACCUGCGGCACGUGCUGGUGGACGACACGCACGGCCUGCUCUACUGCUACGUGCCCAAGGUGGCCUGCACCAACUGGAAACGCGUGCUGCUGGCCCUGAGCGGCCGCGCCCGCGGCGACCCGCGCGCCAUCCCCGCGCACGAGGCGCACGCACCGGGCCGCCUGCCCUCGCUGGCCGACUUCAGCCGAGCCGAGAUCAACUGGCGCCUGCGAGCCUACCUGGCCUUCCUCUUCGUGCGCGAGCCCUUCGAACGGCUGGCGUCCGCCUACCGCAACAAGUUCACGCGGCCCUACAACGCGGCCUUCCACCGGCGCUAUGGCACGCGCAUCGUCCGGCGCCUGCGGCCCCACGCGCGCCCCGAGGCGCUGGCCCGCGGCCACGACGUGCGCUUCGCCGAGUUCCUGGCCUACCUGCUGGACCCGCGCACGCGGCGCGAGGAGCCCUUCAACGAGCACUGGGAGCGCGCCCACGCGCUCUGCCAUCCGUGCCGCCUGCGCUACGACGUGGUGGGCAAGUUCGAGACGCUGGCCGAGGACGCGGCGUUCGUGCUGGGCCUGGCGGGCGCGCCGGGCCUGCGCUUCCCGGCGCCGCCGCGGUCCAGGGUGGCCGCCGCGCGCGAUCAGGCCGCGCGCCUCUUUCGUGACAUCAGCCCCUUCUACCAGCGGCGCCUCUUCGAUCUCUACAAGAUGGACUUCUUGCUUUUCAACUACUCCGCCCCUGCUUAUCUGCGGCUGAACUAGCUUGCCAGGGUUCUUGGAGGUGAGCGGGCUGGUGAGGGACGGCCCAGACGGCUUGGAGAUUCUGGAUGAGCAGGUCUGGGGUGGGGCCGGAGACGGUGCAUUUCUGACAAGACCCGAGAGGUUGCUGGCCGAGGGCCCCUACCUUGAAAACCAUUCUACUGGCAUUUGUGGGGUCUGCCUGCCCCACCUGGGCCUACCUCUCACGUGGCAGGUUUGGGUGCAGCUCACCCAGCCUCAAAUGACCUCACCUGUGCACCUGGCCCCCCCUCCAUCCUGCCAUGCCACAUGUCACAUGUCACUUGAUGUCUGUGUCCUCUACCUGCUCCAGCUGGUGGCCACCUCUCCAGGCCUCUAAGUGGGCAGGGAUUUGGUAACCAUUUGUUUCUCGACUCUGCCCCUGAACCUGAACUUCGCACACCAGAGCUGAACACUGAGUGCGGCUUCUGGCCCAUCCCAGGGUCCUCUUCCCCCUUGGCAGGGACAGCUGAAGCCGAGGAGAGAAGUCCUGCUUUGGCUGGACUCUGGGGAGGCUGGGCAUGGCUCCAUAUACAGCCUCAAGCUGCCUUCAGGCUCUACCUUUCAUGAAGCUGGGCUCCUUCUCCCUGGCCAGGCUGCUGGGGCUUUCACGUGUGCCAGUGGAGCCCAGAGUGCAAUACUGUGGCAAGUUUUCUAGGACCUUGGUGAGCUGGGGAAGUCAUAAUAUUUUUUUUUAAAUACAUGCGUAUUUAUGUGUGUUUUCUGACUCUAUAGAGUUUCUUUCCUUUGUUGUGCCAGUUGCUCUGAGCAUGGGGCAAUGUGAUCUGGGGCAGCUGGCUGAGUCUCUGUGCCUCAGUUUCCCCUGCAGCCAAGUACUAGAAUAAGCUAGGGUGGUAACAAAGAGUAAAGGGAGAGCCUGGGUCACCUUCAUGGCAGACUGCAGUUGUGGGGACCCCCCCCCCCCCCGGAGUAAUGGGGAGAGGAGCAUACUCUGAAGGGAGGCAAAUUCUGGCUUUAGGGGCAACUUGGAGAAAACUUGACCUUUCACUCUGGCCUGAGCCAAGGACAAAAGCCCAGAUCAGCUCAGCCAAGCCCCUUGGUUCACACUGCCUUAGACGCAUAUGUGUGUGUGUGUGUGUGUGUAAGAGAAAAUGGGUUUGGAAUUUGCAGUGUACACCUCCAGCUCUCCGGUUCCUGCCAACAGCCCCAAUUCAAUCAAGGGGUCAUCAGUCUGCUUGGCUGGUCACCAGCCACAGGGAUCCUUGAGAGGAGCUGGAUGUCCUCUUAGUGACUGGCUGAAUAUAGGGUGUCUUUUCUCAGUUUCCAUGGGUAAUAAAUUAAAAUGCCAUAAUUUUGGAAAUAACAAGGCAGGGUGUGCUUGAGGGUUUUUUUUGUUGUUGUUGUUCGUUAAUUGUGGUAACAUAUAUAUAACAUCAAGUUUCCCAUUUUAACCUUUUCAAGUAUACAAUUCAGUGGCAUUAAUUACAUUCAUAGCUUUGGGCUACCCGUUACCAGAACUCUUUCAUCACUCCAUGCAGAAACUCUGCACCCAUUAAGCAAUAACUCCUUCUAUUGCCUCAUCCCUGGUAACUUCUGAUCUACAUCCUGUCUCUGUGAAUUUGCACAUUCUAGAUAUUUUGUGUAUAAGUGGAAUCACACAUGCUUUAUCCUUUUGCCUCUGGCUUAUUUCACUCAACAUGAUAUCUUCAAGGUUCAUCCCUGUUGUUCAUGGAUCAGAACUUCAUUGCCUUGUACAGCUAAAUAAUCAUGCUUACGUUAUUGAAAAACAAAAGCAGAAAUAAAACCGGGAAAGACAGUUUGGCAGGGAUGAGGCCAAACCUGAGUUGUGGGUGCCCCAUGGGGAAGCCAGUGAGCUGGAUCACAAAGGCGUGGCAGCCUGUGAGUGCCAGGGUGGCCAGGGGCUGGCAUCUCACUCACGCUCCCCUGUGGGACCUCUGCUCACGCCAUUCCCCUUGUGUGAUGGUUAGGUUCAUGUGUCAGCUCGGCCAGGUGAUGGUACCCAGCUGUCUGGUCAAGCAAGCACUGGCCUAACCGUUGCUGCGAGGACAUUUGUGGCUGGUUAAGAAGCCA